AAAAUUCGCAUUAAUUGAAAAGCUGUUGGAAAAUAGGUUAAAGAGGGUCAAAUAUCAUACGCAACAUUAUCGAGUCUCAGUGAACGACUGUAAUUAUUUCAGUGAAAUACAAUCGUAAAGUGUGAAUUUUUCAACAUAACAGAUGUGUAUUGUAAGAAAUGUCACAAAUUGAUAUCCAGGAUUUAUUUGACAAAAGCAGGUUUCCCAGUGGCUGGCGUCUUGCAUCUAUAUUUUUAUAUACUCCAGUGGGUCUUGUACUUGUACUGCUGAGAUUACUAGUUGCUUUGCAACUUUGGCUUAUUGCAGUAUUAUUACCUGAUUGCAAUAUACUUAGAACAUUGUUAAGCCAUGGAUUUAGUUUUGCUUUUGGUAUCAUGGUAAAGGUACCAGAAGGUGGAAUCAAGGAGAACCAAUUAAGGAUUCUAAUUGCCAACAAUAUUUCUGUACUGGAUCAUUUUGCUCUUUACAAAGCUACGCAAGCAUUAACUCCUUCGUUAUGGGAAGAAAUACCCACUGCCAUGGCCAAUGCCUUGGGUUUACAAGUAAUGGACAUGGCAAGCAAGGACAUUUUAAUCGCCAACAUAAAGCACUUUUUGUCAACGUCAAAUUAUAAGAUUGUGAUACAACCUGAAUUUGGCACAACAAACAGUCGCGUUGCCUUGUUGAAGUUCAAUUCUUGGCCAUUUACUGUCGAAGCAUCUGUUCAACCAAUUGCGAUUAAAGCGUGGAGGCCAGACUUUGUACCCAUUGGUCUUAGUUCAUUAGCAUCUAGAUGGUGGACAGAUGUGUUUUGGUUCAUGUUUGUACCUUACACAGUCUUCACUAUUAAGUACCUGAGAACAAAACAAAAUCCGGAUUGUGAAGCAUUGGUAAGGGAUGUAGAAAAAGACAUAGCAACCAGCCUUGGACUGCAAACAACUUCUUACACUGUAUCAGACAAAGUUGAUUUUGAAAAACGUUAUAUUAUGGAAAAAGCACAGAGUAGGAGAUUUGAUAGAAAUUCGUCAAGUUCACAAGCCGUACAUAGCGUCGAAGUUCAGAGAAUGGUCCGACAAGUCAGUGAAGUGCUUCCAUUAGUACCCCAUAAUGUGAUUCUCAGAGAUCUAUUGAAAACACGCAAUGUUGACAUUACAAUUGCCAAUAUAUUGGACGGCAUCGUUACUUAUACACCAGAUUCGUCUCAAACCGUUACAGCAACAGCAUCGUUAAACCAAGUGCAAAAAAAUACAGUUAAGGACAAUAGUAACCUGGGAUCGUCUUCAUUCCAGGAAAGAAAAGCUAAAAUGAUAAGGGAAGCUAGGGAAAGGUAUAUUCAAAAACAUGGUCUUAAAAAUUGCUGACAUUCUCAUUACAGUUCUAUUCUGGUUAUUGUAUCUUCAUUGAUUAUAAAUAUGUAAUGUUUUGUCGUAUGUGUAUUUAC